AUGGAUGGCUCCAAUAUUACCCAUCAUUCUGAGUUCAUAAUUGUAGGAGUUCCUGGCCUACAGGAACACUACACUGCCCUCUUUAUCUUCUUCCUCAUCCUCUUCCUGGCCACAUUCAUUGGCAAUCUCCUCAUAGUGGUGUUAGUUGCCCUGGACCACCGACUACACAUGCCCAUGUAUUUCUUCUUGUGGAAUUUAGCUUUCUUAGAUAUUUUGACAACAGUGUCACUCAUACCCAAGAUGCUAGCAGUAUUUCUGACCAUUGAUAGGACCAUCUCCCUUACAGGCUGUUUUGCACAGAUGUACUUUAUUAUCUCAGUUGGGGCUACAGAAGAAUUUCUUGUAGCAGUUAUGGCUUACGACAGAUAUAUUGCUGUAGUGAAACCACUGCAUUACAAUAACAUCAUCAACACAAAGGUCUGUCUUACAAUAACGGCCACAGUUUGGGUGAUUGGUUUCCUGAUGGAAUGUCAGGGCUUACUACCGUACGCUGGGCAAACGUUCCAGGACAUGGGUACCUUUAAAGCGGAGACGACGGAACCGAAAAUUUUUGGCGCGCCCUCUCUUUAA